CUCACCCCUCUCCUUUUUAUAGACUGGACGUGGGCUGACGCCCCGGGGGGUCCGCCCCCCCCUCGCCCCCAGGAUACAGAGCGAUGUCACCGAGCCCUGGUGGCCCUUUUUGGGGACCACCCCAACUCCCCCUUUGGGAUCCACCGCCUGGUGGAGCUCGGCCGCGGCGCUGGGAAGCGUGCAGGGGAUUGGUACGGCCCCUCCAUCGUGGCACACAUCCUCAGGAAGGCGGUGGAGAGCUGCCCCGAGGUGUCCGGGAUGGCGGUGUACGUGGCGCAGGAUUGCACCGUGUACAAAGAGGACGUGGCUGCGCUGCUGGAAGGGGACGCUGAGGCAGCCGUCAUCCUGCUGGUCCCCGUCCGCCUGGGGGGGGAACGUCUCAACCCCGUCUACGUGGAGGGCAUGAAGGUGGGGUUUCCAACAGGGAGCUGUUGGGGAGGGUCCAGAGCUGUAGAGCUGUUCUGUUAGGAUAAGUUCCUCUCUGCUCUGCUCUUGUGAGGCCCCGUCUGCAGCACUGCGUCCAAGUCUGGAGCCCCCAGGACAAAAAAGACAGGGAGCUGUUGGGGAGGGUCCUGAGGAGCCACCAAGAUGAGCAGGGGGGCUGCAGCACCUCCACUGUGAGGACAGGCUGAGGGAGCUGGGCUUGUUCAGCAUGGAGAAGAGAAAACU